AUGUCCCAGGAAGUCAUUGAUCAAAUUGCCGCUUAUCUGACGUCUAACAUCCCCAUAGUUCCAAUUUCUCAAGGGGCCGAAGCUGUGGUUUUCACUACUAAUGUUCACCCAUAUGAGCCCAUAAAUGCGAAGACAAGUCCAAACGAUCAAUCAACCAAAACCAAAUAUGUUAUCAAAUAUAGGCCUCACAAAAAGUAUAGACAUCCUUCGAUAGAUAGAGCUCUCACAAAGCACAGGACCCUCGGCGAGUCCAAGAUAUUGGCCAAGCUAUCCCAACUUCCAGGUCUUCAUGUCCCUAAGCUCAUCGCGACCGACGUUUACAAUGGAUGCAUAUGGAUCGAAUUUCUAGGUGAAGAUUUACCCGAUAGCUUUGGGUUCAGUAAUCUUAAGAAUUACUUGUGGAUGCAUGCAUCUGAUCCGUACUGUGAUGACGUAAAGAAGACACUAAUAAAAGUUGGUCACCAAAUAGGACUUUUACACUGGAACGAUUACUGUCAUGGAGAUCUCACCACGUCUAAUGUUGUGCUUCAUCAAGAUAACGGACAUUGGGAACCAUACCUAAUUGAUUUUGGCUUAGGUUCGACUUCAACACUCGUGGAGGAUAAAGGUGUGGAUCUAUAUGUCUUGGAAAGGGCUAUAAUCAGUACUCACUCGCGGUUUGCAGCAAAAUACAACGAAUGGAUCAUGCAAGGAUUCAGAAGUGUAUACGAGGAUGAAGGCAAGAAGGGCCAGCAGAAAAUGAAGGAUAUAUUGAAAAGGUUUGAAGAAGUUAGGCUGAGAGGCAGAAAAAGAAGUAUGCUGGGAUGA